UUAAUUUUUAAUUACAUGUGUCCACAAGAGUUUCUUUGCACCAACCAUCUGUUGCUAACAAGCCAAAAAUUGGCCAUCACUUAACAGAAAUUUUUCUUCUCCUUCUAUUCCUCUGUUUCACCCAAAUGUCACUGUCUUAUCUUUUCUACAAUCUUUCUCCAUUGUAAAUGUUCUGACUCACCAUAAAAUUUUACCGAAAAGAGGACAUGGGUUGCUCAAAAAUCCUGAUCCUAGUGUAUAUUUUCUCAAUUUUUUCUUUCAUGUGGUGCUUAGUGUUGGCAGGUGAUUUCAAAAAAGAUGUUAACAUUAUAUGGGGAGGCGACAAAGCGAAGAUACUCGAAAACGGCCAAGCCAUUGCAUUAUCUCUCGACAGAACUUCUGGCUCUGGCUUUCAAUCCAAAGCAAAGUUUUUGUUCGGUAAAAUCUCUAUGAACCUUAAGCUUGUCUCUGGAAACUCUGCUGGUACUGUCACAUCUUACUAUGUAGCGUCUAAAGGAGCGAUGUGGGAUGAGAUAGACUUCGAGUUCUUGGGGAAUCUGAGUGGUGAUCCAUACACAGUCCAUACAAAUGUGAUCACGCAAGGCAAAGGUGAUAGAGAACAACAGUUUCGUCUCUGGUUCGAUCCCACCAUUAAUUUCCACACUUACUCUAUCCUCUGGAACCCUAGAACCAUAAUAUUCUAUGUGGAUGGUACACCGAUAAGACAAUUCAAGAACAUGAAGACAAUGAAUGUAUCUUACCCGGAGAAACAAGCAAUGAGAGUCCAUUCAAGCUUAUGGGAUGGAGAUGAUUGGGCUACAAGAGGAGGGCUCGUGAAAACUGACUGGUCCAAAGCACCUUUCACCGCUUACUACAAGAAUUAUGAGGUCCAAGACUGUGUUGGCUCUAAUGAAACUUGCGGUGGUGAUGGCUCAAGCUCGUGGAUCAAUGAAGGGAUUGAUGACAGUGGCAUGAAAAGGCUUAAGUGGGUCCAAAAGAACUUCAUGAUCUAUGAUUAUUGCAAUGACCCUAAGAAGUUUCGUCUAGUGAAUGUGUUGCUAAUGCUAUAUGAGUUAAAAGCAUUAUAAAAAAAGUUCUAACAAAUAUAUAAGAUGUUAAGUUGGUCGUUUAGUAUCUA